GUUCCUCUUUUUGCCGCCUAACAGUUUCGAUGCCCUCCGGCUUCCUCCUGUGUUCCCCUGUGAUUUCUAGGGUUUCGAUUUAUCGUGCUCCUCUCUUCCUCCGUUGGCUCUUCCACCCUGCGAUUCACCAUCGGACUCCUCUUCUUUGUCCGCCAAAAUUCAGUUACUGAUUCCGAAAAUGGAAUCUCGAGCGAAGGAGGCUGAACUAUACAAUCUCGAGAAGCAAUGGUCGCUGAAUGAUUUCGAGAUCGGGAAACCCCUCGGCAAAGGCAAAUUCGGCAGAGUCUAUCUUGCCAGGGAAGUCAAGAGUAAAUAUGUGGUGGCACUGAAGGUGAUAUUUAAGGAACAGAUAGAGAAGUACAAGCUUCAUCAUCAGCUAAGGAGAGAGAUGGAGAUCCAGACAAAACUGCACCACCCGAAUAUUCUGCGUCUCUACGGUUGGUUCCAUGACAGUGACCGCAUUUUCUUGAUCCUCGAGUAUGCUCAUGGCGGUGAACUCUAUGGCCUCCUAAAAAAGAAGGGUAAUCUCAGUGAAAAACAAGCAGCCACGUAUAUUGCAAGUCUCACCCAAGCACUGGCAUAUUGUCAUGGAAAAUGUGUGAUUCACAGAGACAUCAAGCCUGAAAACUUGUUGCUUGAUCAUGAGGGUAGGUUGAAAAUCGCCGACUUUGGAUGGUCUGUACAGUCUAGUAGCAAGAGAAAAACAAUGUGUGGAACAUUGGAUUACUUGGCGCCUGAAAUGGUGGAAAACAGAGACCAUGAUUAUGCUGUUGAUAACUGGACUUUAGGCAUACUGUGUUAUGAGUUUCUCUAUGGUAACCCUCCGUUCGAGGCAGAGAGUCAAAAAGAUACCUUCAAGAGGAUUGUUAGGGUUGACCUGAGUUUUCCUUUGACGCCUUAUGCCUCUGCAGAAGCCAAAAAUCUCAUCAGUCAGCUUCUAAUGAAGGAUCCCUCGAAGCGGCUCUCUCUCCAGAAGAUCAUGCAGCAUCCUUGGAUCGUCAAGAACGCGGAUCCUAAGGGAGUGUGCCUCAAGUAAGCUUUACGAAUAGCAUGUCUUUUUCAAUCCACAUUGGUGAGAAAGAAGAGACUUACACAUGAUGUUUACCUACAAUGUUUUCCCAAUGCAACAGCUGGUUUGCAGUAGUAAUGGGCUUAGAACAGUAUUUUCUGAAAAAGGUAAUGGGCUGGCUAUCUGAUUUCAGCCCAACAGUAGAGGCCCAUUUAUUAGUUGCCACUGAUUUAAUUUCUUUGAAUUAUAAAUCGAGAUGAUCUAUUAGUCAAAUUCUA